GCGCAGCUCUGAUGCGCGUGAACACACCGGCUGCUGACGCUGCGGUAGUGUCAUGGCGGUGCCGUGUCAGAGACCAGCACCGAUCAACUUCAUGUGAUGUCUGACACGAGUCUGGGAUCAACAUCUACCGAGGACACCCGAGCGAUCAUACCUUUAGGAUGGCAGAUUCAGGCUCAUCUGACCCCAGCGGUCAACGUGUGCCAACCCCCGGAGGCAGUGGGAGAGGACUGAUGAUUGGCCGCCGAGGAUCAUCAUCCGCCAUCUCUCCCGGCCGUCUCCCCUCGAUGCGAUCCAGAGACCUCACCCUGGGAGGAGUGAAGAAGAAAACAUUCACGCCCAACAUUAUCGGCCGAAAAGCCAAAGAAGAAACAAAAGUUGAGAGCGGGCCGAGGAGAGAGAGGAAGGAUGGAGAACGAGGUCGAGGUCGUGGAGAGAGAGGCCGAGGCCGGGGCCGUGGAGAGAUCAUCCAGUCUCACUCUAUUUUCGAACAGGGACCUGCAGAGAUGAUGGUUAAAAAGAAAGGUAUCUACGAGAGUGAGAAAGAGGCUCCGAGCGUGGGACCCUCACCCAUCAUCAACAUUAAAAAGGAAAAGCGAGAGACCGAAGAGGAGACCAAAGAGAUUCUCCGCAGUCUGGAGAGAGAUAAUUUUAUAGACGAUCCCUACCUGAGGAGUGAACAGAGGAGCUGCCCUGUCCAGCUUCCCCUCGCCGUGUCGGGAUGGGGAUUCAAGGAGGAAUUUAGCACCUCCGAUGUUAAAAUUGAGAAGGUAGAGGAGGAUGCUGAGCCCAUGGAGGCUACAGUUGAAGUGAAACAAGAACCGGUGGAAACUGAAAUAAAGAAGAUGGAGUCAACCUACAAGCCUCCUCCUCUCCCCGAGCCUGAAGUUCUGCCUGAUCUGCUGCACAGGUGGAGUCUGGGCAAAGGCGAAGAGCUGUUCUUCAUGCAGCUGCCCGACUCGCUGCCCGGCCAGCCCCCGACCACAGAGCACAGACCGGUGAAAACGGAGGUUCAGUCAGAGGACGGACAGUCUGUGCUACUGAAAACAGAGUCUCAGGAAGAGGAAGCUGAAGAGAGCACCUGCAAUCUGAAAGACCUGCGGGAGGGUCUCGUGGGAAAGAUGCUGGUGAGGAAGUCCGGCCGUGUACAGCUCAUACUGGGACACGUGACGCUUGAUGUGUCUCUUGGAGCAUCGUGCGCUUUCCUUCAGGAGCUGGUCUCUAUUGGUACAGAGGGAAGAACGGGUGACUUGUCUGUAUUGGGGAACAUCAAACACAAAAUGGUUUGCUCACCAGAUUUUGAAGCUCUGCUGGAGAGUAAUGCAUAAUUCUCACCAGAGCAGUGGAGGACAACACGCGCCUCCUCGAGUCUGACUGGUCGAUGCACUUCGUGGUGGGUCACUAUGGAUCAUCCCUGUGCCUGGAACCUCACAUCCAAUGGCUGAUGAUUGUGCUUACUUUGUUUUCAGAGUUGCUCUAAUAACAUAUCGAAGUACACUAUCUAUAAAUAUGAAACACAGUUUUCCUCCUGCGGGAAUAGGCAUAUUAAUUCAGGGUACAAAGGUUGAGUGGUGUGCCAUAUUUCAGUAUGUUUUCUUUUCUCAAGAUCUGAAAUUACUUGACAAAACUGUACAUGUAUGUAAAUGUGUGAAUAAAAAAUAGCUUUUGUUAUUCCAGUA